UUUGUCUAACGUACAACGAGCUCACCGUAUCUUAAUUCAUCACCAUGCCUAGCGUAUCAAGCAUACUCAAGGGCCUUGCUGCCCUGGCGCCUCUUGUGGCUGCCGUCCCCGCCAACUAUGCCCGUACAAACACGCCGGCCAGGGCCAUGGAGAUGCCCCCCAAGCCCUCGACCAUUACCGAGACGGCUGGCUCUGCUAUGCCCCCAGCGGCCCAAGCAGCAGCAGCGGCACCGGCAGCAGCUGCAGGAAAGCUGACUGAUGUUGACAUUCUCAACUUUGCCCUGACUGCUGAGCAUCUCGAGUCAAAUUUCUACUCGAUGGGUUUCGCCAAGUUCUCCACCAAGGACUUUAUGGGUCUUGGUCUCACCGAGGCUCAGGUCAAGACGUUGAUGACUGUUGGAAUGACCGAGGCCACUCACGUCACUACCCUUCAAUCCGCCAUUACCGGAGCUGGCGCAAAGCCCGUCGAGGCCUGCCAGUACAACUUCGAUGCCGCGCUCGCUAGCCCCUCAGCCAUGGUCAAGACUGCCCGUGUUCUCGAGGCUGUUGGUGUUUCUGCCUACCUCGGAGCCGCUCCUCUGGUCAACUCGUCCGCUGUCCUCUCGGCCGCCGCAUCCAUUGUCACUGUCGAGUCCCGUCACCAGGCCUUUAUCCGUAUCGCCAUGGGUGCUGAGCCCAUCCCCGCUGCCUUUGACACGGCUCUUCAGCCCCGUGCCGUCUUCACGCUCGCUGCUCAGUUCAUCAAGUCGUGCCCCGAAGGCUCCAACCUCAACAUCCAGCCUUUCCCCUCGAUUGCGCUCCAGAACCCCGAGAAGGCUACCGCUGGCCAGGACCUCAAGCUCGCCGAUCCUGCGCAGCCCGCUGGUGCCAUGUUCUGCGCUUUCGUUGCCCCUGGCGGCAACCAGUUCACCGAUAUCAAGAGCGGAAACUGCAAGGUCCCCGAAGGCCUCUCGGGUGAAGUUUACAUGAUGAUCACCAAGAGCAAGUCUGUCGCCGACGCCGAGGUGCUUGCUGGUCCUUCGGUCAUCCAGCCCUCGUAAAUGUCGCU